CCCCGCACCCGCUGGCAGCGCUUCAGCUUCCGGCGACCGCGGUGCCGCCGGCUUGGGCUUUGCUGAGACCGCGGCAUUGACCCUCCCCUUUUCCCGUUCGGACCCCUGCUGGGGCCCCCUGCUUUGCCUGUCCCUUCUGGGUACCUGUCCCCUGCUGGUCCUGCCGAUCCGACGCCGCGCCAAUGCCCAGUGGAGAUCUGGAGACUCCCUGACCCUCGCGGGAUUCCCUGCUCCGAAGGUCCCGCCUGCCUAAGGCCUACCCUGGAGUUGCUCCCGCCUUCCCCUCCGCUGUCCAGCCCGCCGACUUCCUGACCGCCUCCGGGCUCCCCACUUGGGCCCUUGUGCCCUUGAGACCCCCAGUGCUCGGUGUCCUGCUGUCUUCUUCAGACCUUUGCACAUUUCUUUCCAUGUCUGUCUCUAUAGAAGACAAAUGCCUUCGCAGCCCUGGCCCUGCCUUCUCUUUCGCACUGUGUCAUUUUGACUGAAGCACAGGUCGGAAGUCUCACAAGAUUGUGUAGUUGGAAAAGGUGUACUUUAGAUGAUUGUGCCUAGUCGCCGCCAGUUUCAAGCCGGGUCUCCAUCACGGCUCCCUGCACUCUCCUCUCCUCUGUGACUUUCAUAGGUCACAACCACCUCCUUUGUGUACUAACUUGUAUCCUGUCUUUACCUCCCUUCAGAAACAUUCCUGGAGGGCAAGAAGGUUGUCUGCAGUGUUCUCCAGGGCCUGGCACUCGUGGUGCAGGUAAUCCCAGAGGCCCCAGGGACCUGGGGGCCAGCAGAAUGCAUGACUGGCGCAGGAUCUUUGACCAAAACCUGCUGGUCCCUCCGCACCCACAGAGAACACGCCAGCCUGCGAAGGAAUCGACAGCGUUUCACUGUGUCCUGAAGUGGCUCGAUGGCCCGCAAAUUAAGCAGGGUGUGCUGGAGCUGCUGUCAGAGGUGGGCUGCCACCUGCGCGUGUCUCUCUUCGAUGUCACCUAUCGGCACUUCUUCGGGAGGACGUGGAAGAGCUCGUCGAGGCCCACAGAGCCACUCAGCAGGCAGCCAGCCAGGAUCGUCUUCAAUGAGCCCUUGUAUUUUCACACAUCCUUGAACCACCCUCAUGUCGUGGCCGUGGUGGAGGUGGUCGUUGAAGGCAGGAGACGAGACGGGACCCUCCAGACUCUGUCCUGUGGGUUUGGAAUUCUUCGGAUCUUCAGCCCCAAGCCGGAAUCUCCAACUUCCACCUCCCAGGACAAACGGCUGAGACUGUAUCACGGGAGCCCGCGAGCCCUCCUCCACCCGCUCCUUCAGGACCCCAUAGAACAGAACAAGCACAUGACCCUCAUUGAGAACUGCAGCCUGCAGUACACGCUGAGGCCACACCCACUUCUGGAGCCCGUGUUCCACCUUCUUCCCGAGAACCUUCUGGUGUCCGGUCUGCAGCAGAUACCUGGCCUCCUUCCAGCUCACGGAGAAUCAGGAGAUGCCCUCCGGAAGCCCCGCUUGCAGAAGUCUCUGACGUGCUACCUGGACGAUGUGUUCUUCACGCUGUAUCCCUCGCUGGAGAAGUUCGAGGAGGAGCUUCUGGAACUCGUGAUCAGCGAUCGCUUCCGGGAGGCGGGCAGCCCGCUGGACUUUGGCGCCCUGGAGAUCCUGGAGCGGCGCCUGUGCGUGGGCGUGCACAAUGGGUUGGGCUUUGUGCAGCGGCCACAGGUCCUCGUGCUGGUACCCGAGCUGGAGGUGGCCUUGACACGCUCUGCCAGCUUUAGCCGGAAGGUCGGCUCCUCUUCCAAGGCCAGCUCUGGAAACCAGGCUCUGGUCCUGAGAAGCCGUCUCCGACUCCCUGAGAUGGUCCGUCACCCCGCGUUCGCCAUUGUCUUCCAGCUGGAGUAUGUGUUUAACAGCCCCUCGGGGGCAGACGGCAACGCAGCUUCACUCACCUCCUUGUCCAGCCUGGCAUGUAUGCACAUGGUUCGCUGGGCUGUCUGGAACCCCUCGCUGGAAGCCAUCUCCGGGCGGGUGAUGUUACCUCUCCAGGGUGGCAUCCAAUCCAACCCUUCGCACUGUCUGGUCUAUAAGGUUCCCCCAGCCAGCAAGAGCUCCGAAGAGGUGAAGCAGGUGGAGUCAGGGACGGUCCAGUUCCAGUACUUGCUGAGCCCUGAAGAACACCCGGACAUACCCACAGGGAAUGCAAGUGGCCCCAAGGCAGAGCGGCGGUCUUUUAGGAAGCCACCUGCGUCCCCUUCAAACCCACCAGCAUCGCCGCCCCAGGGGCUCAUCGCUCCCCAGGACUCACCCGUGGGACCAGGGCUGUCACUUUCCCAGCUGGUGGCUUCCCCACCGUCCCCGGCUCCGCGCCACCGCUCGGCCAAACCCUCAUCACGGCCUCCUGGGAGCCCUGCGCCCUCCCUGGUCCCAGGGGAGUUUCCCUUGGAGGGCAGGAUCUCUCACCUGGAGGCUGACCUGAGCCAGACGGCCUUGGCCCUGGGAACGUCCGCUGCUGACCACUUGCAGGAACUGCCUUUCACGCCUGUGCACGCCCCGAUCAUUGCAGGAACCCAGACUAGGAGCUCUGGAGGGAAGCUGUCACGGGCCUCCCUGGCACUGCUGCAGUCUGCUGGCUUUCCUGAGAUUCUGGAUGCCAACAAGCAACCAGCUGAGGCUGUGAGUCCUACAGACCCCGUGAAGUUCAGCCCUCAGAAGGAAGAAUCGGACUGUCUACAAGGCAAUGAGAUAGUGCUGCAAUUUCUUGCCUUUAGCAGGGUGCCCCAGGACGAGCAGGCAGCUCCAUGGCCACAGACUGUGUACUUCACCUUCCAGUUCUACCGCUUCCCGCCCGAGACCACGCCACGGCUGCAGCUUGUGGAGCUGGCUGACGCCGGGAAGUCUGGCUCUGCCUCCCUGUCGCACAUCCUCGCCCAGAUCCAGAAGGAUGGCUCCUUUGAUGCGGGGUCUCCGGGCUUUCAACGGAAGUACCUGGUGGACCCUGGGUUCCUGAGACCCGGGGAGCAGUGCUGGUUUGCCCGCUACCUGGCCAUGCAGACCCUGCAGAUCGAUGUCUGGGAUGGGGACUCCCUGCUUCUUGUCGGAUCUGCUGCCGUUCAGCUGAAGCACCUCCUCCGCCAAGGGCGGCCGGCCGUGCAGGUCUCGCACGAGCUGGAGGUCGUGGCGACUGAAUACGAGCAGGACGCCAUGGUGGUGAGUGGAGAUGUGACCAGGUUUGGCUGUGUCAAGCCCAUCGACAUCCGCACAGUGGUGAAGGGCCAACUGCACUUGACCUUGGCCAACGUGGGUCACUUGUGUGAACAGAGAGUGGGGAGUCCCAGUUCCCUGCCACCUUCCAGGUCGAGGGUCAUCUCGAAUGACGGCGUCAGCGGCUUCACGGGAGGCAGCCUCCUAACACCUGGGGUCCCCAGACCAGUGAAAAAUGUGGUCCAAGCCCAGAAACUGGCCGACGUGGACAGCGGACUGGCUGCCCUGCUCUUCACACCCCCGAGACCGGGAGCCCGGGGGCCCCUGGGUGUCGGUCAAGAGGGGGAUGCCGUCCGCAGGCGCAAGCUGGAGCGCAUGAGGGCCGUGCGACUGCGGGAGUGUGGAUCAGAGCCGGGCCGCCGUGGGCUGGGCGCGCUGGCCCAGCAGAGCCUCCAUGCCCAGCACGCCCGAGACCUGCAGGUCAUUGCCGCCUACCGUGAGCGCACGAAGGCGGAGAGCAUCGCCAGCGCGCUGAGCAUGGCCAUCACCACUCAGCACACCAUCCACGCCGCGCUGGGUGCUGCCGAGUUCUUCGAGUUCGCCCUGAGGAACCCCCACAACGCGCAGCACACAGUGACCAUCGAGAUAGACAACCCCGAGCUCAGCCUCAUCCUGGACAGUCAGGAGUGGCGGUACUUCAAGGACAUAGCUGACUUGCACACGCCGCUGGAGGAGGACAUGUUCCACCUGCGGGGCAACCUGGCCCCCCAACUCUUCCUGCGACCCCGGGAGACUGCCCAUAUCCCCUUCAAGUUCCAGACUUUCUCUGUGGGCCCACAGGCCACGGCACAGGCCUCUGCUGAGCUGAGAUCAGAGAAGGACACGGAUGCCAGGUCACCUCGUAAGUCCAGCACGAUGCCCACCAAACAUGCCAAGGUCCUGUUUCGCGCGGGCAGCGGCAAGCCCCUGGCCGUGCUCUGCCUGACGGUGGAGCUGCAGCCCCACGUGGUGGACCAGGUCUUCCGCUUCUACCACCCGGAGCUCACCUUCCUGAAGAAGGCCAUCCGCCUGCCGCCGUGGCACACGCUUCCAGGUGCCCCUGUAGGGACGUCCAGUGAGGACCCCCCACUCCACGUUCGAUGUAGUGACCCGAACAUCAUUUGUGAGACACAGAAUAUGGGCCCCGGGGAGCCCCGUGACGUGUUCCUGAAGGUGGCCAGUGGCCCUAGCCCAGAGGUCAAGGACUUCUUUGUCAUCAUCUACGUAGACCGCUGGUUGGCAACACCUGUCCAGACCUGGCAGGUCCACCUGCACUCGCUGCAGCGAGUGGACGUCUCCUGUAUCACUGGCCAGAGGACCCGCCUGGCUCUUGUCCUCCGGGGGACGCAGACAGUUAGGAGAGUGCAGGCUUUCAGCUCACACCCCCAGGAGCUGACGACGGACCCCAGAGGUGUGUUCGUGCUGCCCCCUCAUGGGGUGCAGGACUUGCAUGUGAGCGUCAGGCCCCGCAGGCCGGGCAGCCGCUUCGUGAACCUCCACCUGGUCGACGCGGACGCCCACCAGCUGGUGGCCUCGUGGCUCCUGUGUCUCUCCUGCCGACCGCCUCUCAUCUCCAAGGCCUUCGAGAUCAAGCUGCCUGCGGGGGGAGGGAGGGGCGCCAACAAGCGCAUCACCUACACCAACCCCUACCCCUCGCGGAGGGCCUACCGCCUGCUCAGCGAUCACCCCCACCUGCUGCAGUUCAAGGAGGACGCCUUCCAGGUCGGGGGAGGUGAGACCUACACCAUCGGCCUGCAGUUUGCGUCCCGUCAGAGAGCCGGGGAGGAGGAGAUCCUGAUUUACAUCAACGACCACGAAGACAAAAACGAGGAGACCUUUUGCGUGAAGGUCAUCUACCAGUAGAGGUGGGGGCUGUCCUGCCAUUCUCAUGAGCUGCUCCUGUCCCAGGACUCUGCUCUGUGAACUCGGCCAAGGAUCGGGGGGUCCCCACGCCCUGACUGUGUAUGAUGGUCCUGUCCAGUUCCGUCAGGCUGCUGCCAGUACUGACUGCAUAGCAGUCCCGUGGGAGAUGUGAGCGCCCAGGUGAACCCAGGCCGGUUUCUCUCUGUGGCACACGGGAGUCGUCACUGUCUAUGAUGUUAGGAUUUGCUCUCAGCAAAAUGUAUUUUAUGAAUUAUUUUUAAAUGAUAAAAUUGUGCUUUUUUACAGAGUUUUAUACAAACACUAUAUUGUUUGGUAUGUACUAUUUUUUUAUACUGGUAUUAUUUCACAUCUUUUAAAAAAACUACAAAAAUACUCAACUUUUACACAUUU